GUGAAUCUUUCUCACAAUCAUGAAAAGGUUCACUGCCUGCUGAAGCCGAUUACGUCGAGUCCCUGGUGUCUUUCCCGAUUGGGUUGGAACCCAGCAGGAGAUCCUUUAAGUAGCAGUGUGCUGGGUAAAAAAUAUAAGUUCACUUUUCGACCGACUGAACGAUCGGCAAGUAGGGUAAACCCGUAGGCACCAGACAGUACUCAGUUUGAAGAUCGAUUGGUUGACUCGCUCCGGAGGUUGAUUGCGUUUACAGCCCACUCUAGCGUCGUUGGCAUUGUUCCAGCGCAGGACCGCAUUCCGAAGAUUGUACAAUCAUGGUGCAGACAGCGAUUGGUAGCGAGAACGGUCGCUGCGCUGCUUGGUCGAGUUGCAGCAUAAUCGAUACCAGCCAUGAGUCAGCUCAUUGCGAGGCCGCUCAGCAAGCUUCUUCUGUCUAUGACAUUCUGAACAAUGCCACGAAUGGUGCAGCUAAUGGAAGCAGCAAGCCCCUUCAUUUUCGUGGCGAUGAUGUCGAACUCAUGAAGCUAGAAGCUACUUUCGCUGGUUUGAAAACUAGUUCGGAGCCACAGAAGAUUUCAAAAUCAUCUCGUAAUGCAGAAAUCCCCGUGGCAGUUCCUUCUAAACGACCAAGUUGUAUAUUAGGAAUGGGGACGGCUACCCCAGACCGGGUGUUUCAUAUGUCUGAUUUUUCAAGGGAUAUUCUCCAUGGCUUUGGUUUUGAUACUCCGGUAAUCCGCCAGUUUUGUGAUCGCAUCUGUCAAAGCUCCGGCAUCUUGAAGAAGCGGAUGGUCUAUGGGCGGGAGAUAUACGAUGAAAAUCCAAACCUGAUGACUUAUGGAGCACCAUCCUUAGACAAGAGGUUUGACUUGUUCGCCUCUGGAGCCAUGGAGAUAGCCACUCUAGCGGCUGAGCAAGCGCUGCUCGACUGGGGCGGGGAGAAGUCCAAAAUCACGCACUUGAUCACAUACUCCACCACGGGGAUGAUUACACCGGCUCUAGAUAUGCAGCUCAUCAAAGCGCUCGGCCUUCCGCAAACCGUGAAACACUUCUGGGUGUCGAUGAUGGGUUGCCACGCUGGUGUGAUCGGAAUCCGCACAGCCUCCGAAAUCGCACAAGCAGAUGAGAACAACCGCGUCCUGGUGGUAUGCGUAGAAAUCAACUCAGUGCAUGCGCAGCCUCUAAACCCCGCUAACUUGCUAGACCUCAGUAAACACGUCUGCACGGUUCUCUUCUCUGACGGCGCUGCAGCCAUGGUUUUGGGCACUCAGCCCACAGAGCACGAGACACCCAUCUUCGAAGUCGACCGGUGUCACACGUCUCACAUCCCCAACACUGAUUUAUACAUAACGGCCCAGAUUUCGCAGUCGGGACUAAAGGCCUCGCUCGAUAAGUCGGUGCCAGCAACAGUGGGUCAGAACUCAGGGAAAUUUGCGUCGCAGCUUCUGCAAGGGACCGGGCUCACAUCUGAGUCGGUGAACUGGGCGGUCCACCCUGGUGGAAAAGCGGUAGUAGAUGAGGUGGAGAGAGGGUGUGGCUUGGUACCGCAUCAACUCCGCUGGAGCAGAUAUAUUUUGGAGAACUUCGGAAACAUGAGCUCACCCACCAUUAUAUUCGUUCUCGCUGAGAUACGAAAGGAAGCCCAGAAAGCAAACUUUCCGCAAGGUAGCAGAUCUAAUUCUGAGAUCCACCCAUGGACGGUGGUGUUGGGAUUUGGCCCCGGUAUGACAAUGGAAGGCAUUCUGCUCAAGAUCUGCUAACAAACGUUAGUUCACUUUCAACUACAUCCAAACAGAAGGGACCAUAUUUGUUCUCACUUUGCCAUAAUUAAAAGCUGACGUCCAGUUUCUCAGCUUACCUCUCCUUAAUAAAAUUGUGAUAAAAAAUGUGAAGGCAUAGAUUGCUACCCAAGCUUAGUUGGGUAAUUGGAUGUAGUAUCCUCAAAAUGACCCAGUUAUCCGAGAUGUGGAGCUUACUACAUUCAAGUCGAGAGAUUGACAUAGCAGUAGAGAUCAAGUUACGCAGUGUAAUCCUGCCAUGCUAGCGUCGGCGCAGGCACCGCUGGUGCAAGUGACCGACGGUUGGGGUUAUCCUGGACGUCGUACUUUGUAUACUGACAUGGACAAUAUUAUCGCAACCGAUAAUAUUUUAGAUAAAAACCAUUCUUAAGUCCCCAUGUGGGUGAACCUUUCUGGGAUGCAGAAUCAGGCUCUACUGCACUGGCAAAACCCUGUUUAAGGCCGAAUAAUCUACAACAUUCCAGGA